UGCGACAGAAUGGUGUGAUUUAGCGCGUUAGCCUGACUGCGAACAGAGGAUUUAGCUAUUUCAGAGUUUAUUUUGGUUUAUAUUUUCCAAAUUCCAUGAUCAAGUAUUUUACAUGCACUCUCUAUCGGCCCACACCAUCACAUCUUUCUCUUUUUUAAUUUAGCUUUUCAAAAAUGGGUCUGAAAACUUAGCUAGCUCGCUAGGUUAGGAUAACUGGCUCCCUAGUAAUAGGUCAUUACCACAAACCGUCGGGGCUUCCUACCGCGAAUUAUUUUUAAAAAAUCUGUUUCGCUCCAGCUGGUCAAAGUCAGCCAGCAAUAUAUUUUACGAAAGACAAUUUGGAAAAAUUAAGGGCUGAGGAAUUACCUUUAUCAUGGAUUCUGCCUCAGAUCCCACUCCACCUAGACCUAAAAACUGCACUGGUUUUCCGCAAAAGCCAUCACACAACUCCAAGAGGCAAAGCAGCAAACAAAGCCACAAGCAGAGUCUGCAGGAGACCAGGAGGAAGGGCAGAAUGGAUCGGGGAAAAGGCGAAGACGAGAUGACCAAUAAGCUCAAAAACCUGGAUUUGAAAUGCAAGCAGAAGGCAACUGGAACAGGCGUUGCUUACUCAGAUGCCUUCUCUCGCUUUCACUGCCUGUGGGACACUAGCCACUCGGAGUGUCCAGAGAGGGUGGUCACCAUAGUGAAGAUGAUGGAGGAGGAGGGACUGCUGUCUCGCUGUGUACAGGUGGAGACCAGAGCUGCAUCAGAGGACGAGCUUUCACUGGUUCACACGAAGGAAUACAUUGAUCGGAUGAAGUCCACACAGAAGAUGACAGUAGAAGAACUGAAGUCUGUCUCUGAAGAUUAUGACUCUGUCUACCUCCAUCCUGAAUCUUUCACCUGUGCCUGUCUAGGAGCUGGCUCCCUGCUCCAACUGGUUGACAAGGUGAUGACAUCAGAACUUCUGAAUGGCUUCUCUGUGUGUAGGCCUCCGGGACACCAUGCCCAUGCCGACAAGAUGAAUGGCUACUGUAUGUUUAAUAACCUGGCAGUAGCAGCGCGCUACGCCCAGAAACAUCACGCCGUCCAGCGGGUUCUGAUUGUGGACUGGGAUGUGCAUCAUGGCCAGGGCAUCCAGCACAUCUUCCAGCAGGAUCCCAGUGUUCUGUAUUUCUCUGUGCAUCGCUAUGAGGGUGGUUCAUUCUGGCCACACAUGCCGGAGUCUGACAGCAGUGCUGUUGGUUUGGGAGCUGGACAGGGUUACAACAUUAACCUUCCUUGGAAGAAGUUAGGGAUGGGGGAUGGAGACUACGUCACAGCCUUCCAGAGACUUCUGCUACCCAUAGCCUACGAGUUUCAGCCGCAGCUUGUGUUAGUGGCCGCAGGCUUUGAUUCUGUGGUUGGUGACCCCAAGGGAGAGAUGUGUGUGAGUCCCCAGUGUUGCUCUGUACUCACACACAUGCUGAUGGGCCUGGCUGAAGGCAGAUUGGUUUUUGCACUGGAGGGUGGCUAUAACCUGCAGGCCACAGCAGCAGGUGCCUGUGCUAGCUUGAAGGCCCUACUAGGUGACCCCUGCCCUCACCUGCCCUGCCCAGGAGCACCGAGUGAGAGUGGUCUGAAGUCCAUCUCUGACACAGUCUCUGCUCUGUAUCCAUUUUGGACCAGCCUGCAGACUCUGGAGGGAGGUCCUCUCUCCGAGAAAGAGCCUCUUCCUUCUCCAGUGUGUGUCGAGAUUAAACUGGAGUCAUCAUCACUGGGCACUGGUCUUGUGUAUGACCAGCGCAUGAUGGAGCACCACAACAUGUGGAAUAGCCAUCACCCUGAGCUCCCUCAGAGAAUCUUUCGGAUAUUUUCCUGCCAUGAGAAUUUGGGGCUUGUGACCCGCUGUGAGCGCAUACCGGCCCGUUUGGCCACGGAGGAUGAACUCAUGCUCUGCCAUGGCUCAGCGCACAUAGCCACCAUAAAGAGCACAGAACAGAUGAAGCCCAGAGACCUGCAUCGGCUUUGUGACGAGUACAACUCCAUCUACAUCAGCAACGAGAGUUACAAGUGUGCACUGCUGGCGGCGGGCGCCUGCUUCAACUGUGCCCGCGCCGUCCUCACGGGCCAGGUGAGGAACGCCGUAGCCAUUGUGCGUCCCCCUGGCCACCAUGCCGAGAGUGACACUGCCUGCGGCUUCUGCUUCUUCAACACGGCCGCCCUCACCGCCCGCUAUGCCCAGAGCAUCACCCACGAAGCCCUGCGCGUCCUCAUCGUCGACUGGGAUGUGCACCAUGGCAACGGCACCCAGCACAUCUUCGAGAGUGACUGCAGCGUUCUGUACAUUUCUCUCCAUCGCUACGAGAAUGCCACAUUCUUCCCCUCGUCAGAGGACGCUAACUACAAUAAGGUAGGCCAGGGGAGAGGCACAGGCUACAAUGUCAACAUCCCCUGGAAUGGAGCCAAGAUGGGGGACCCUGAAUACCUGGCAGCUUUCCACAACAUAGUGAUGCCUGUAGCACGAGAGUUUGCCCCAGAGUUGGUACUGGUUUCGGCUGGGUUCGAUGCAGCACGAGGUGACCCUCUGGGCGGGUACCAGGUGACCCCAGAAUGCUACGCCCACCUCACCCACCAGCUGCUGAGUCUAGCGGCAGGCCGGGUGCUCAUCAUCCUGGAGGGGGGUUACAACCUCACCUCCAUCUCUGAGUCCAUGGCCAUGUGCACUAGCAUGCUGCUGGGAGACACACCCCCACUGCUGCCCCCUCUUCCUCCUCCACACCCCAACGCCACUCUCACCAUCAACAACGUGCUGAGAGCGCACGCCCCCUACUGGAGAUCUCUCAGAAUACAGAUUCCAGAGUCUCUGCGUUUGUCCUUGCCCUCUCUGAAACCCAAAGGCAAGCGACCAUCAGCAGGCAAAAAGUCUCCUCCUCACAUCACCCCUGACCAGCGGCGACAGCAAAGUAUCCCAGUGACGACUUCUCCAGCAUCGCCCGCUACUGCUCAGGAGGACUCUGGCCUAGAUGAGCUCACUCAGGGCCUGUGCUUGCUGGACCUUAGCACAUCUUCCUCUGCCAACUCCAGCCCCACCUCUGUGCCUGUGGGCGGGGCAAGACCAAAGGUGAAGCCCAGCCCACAGAGGGACGCCAUGGCGAUGCAGGAGGUGUCGCCACUAAAAGUGAUGGAGAGAGACAGCGAGGAGGAUGGCAUGAAAGCUGAGUCCACAGCUGUCAAAGAGGAGAAGCAGUUAGCGUCAGAGGUGGCGGUAGGAGGAGCUGCUGUUGCCAUGGACGACCAGCAGAGCUGUGAGCCAGAGGGAGCGUGUGGCUACACGAAGAAAUCUGUGUUUGAGCUGGUGUGUGGCACUGUGGACGUGGGCGGGGACACAAUGUACGUGGUGGAGCCGCUGUCGUGGUGCCCCCACCUGGACUCGGUGCGCCCGGUGCCACCGGGGGGCAUGGAUGUGUUCCGGCCAUGCGAGGAGUGUGGAGCCGAGAUGGAGAACUGGAUCUGCCUCUGCUGCUACAAGGUGUUAUGUGGGCGCUUUGUGAACGAGCACAUGGUGACCCACAGCCAGGUGUCUGGCCACGCCCUGGUCCUCAGCUUCGCUGACCUGUCCGUCUGGUGCUACCCCUGCGAGUCCUACGUCCACAACAAGAUGCUGUAUGAAGCCAAGAACUCUGCUCAUCUUACCAAGUUUGGGGAAGAAAUCCCCCCCAUCAACUAAAGUAGAGACAGCAGGAAGACAGUGUGUGGAGGCAUGUGGAGAUGUGUGCUUGUGAAUGAGUGAGACGGUUCACAUCUUUCUUCUGACUCAUCCUUGGUACUCAUGAGUGCAAGUGCAUGUGUGUAUGUGCAAGUGUGUAUGAGCAAGUUAUGUGAUGGCACAUCUUGCGUGUGAGAAGCCGUUUUCACAUUGAACACUUCCUGCCCCAACUCUUGACAGCCAUCUCAUCACCUAAAACAACCUUGUCUCUGUUCGUGUGUGUAUGUGAGAAAGAUAUUGAUCAGCAGUAUGCCAUGUUCUUGACGCAUGCACUCCUUGCCAAAACAGAUCAUUUGAAAAACAAGGUUUAUAGAUAGUGUUGUUUGUUUUGCAAAAUUUCACAUGGUACCAAACUUUCCUUACUAAUUUCCUGUUUUCCUUAACUGCACAAAAUUACAUUUCUAGGUUUUCUACUAAUUAGAAGUGAAAUGUUUGUGAACAGUAGUUCAGUGAGAAAGAAAGCUCAGAUGGUGCUAGCAUAGUGCUAAGUACACGUGUGUCAUCCCUUGCCAGUAUUACAGCGACCAGCAUGUGCUGUGCCUGCUAAUGCUCAUGCAGGACUGCGAUUAUUGCAGUUCAGCAAAGCUCAUCAUCCAGGUAGUAGGAUCAGCAGUAAUCAGCAGUGUGAUCUUCAACCAAUCCAACUCCCAAGCAAUAAUCAGUGCAAUAUUUCUCUAAAUGAACAGUAGUUCUGAGUUUAACGUUGUUGAUGUCUGUGUUCUUUAAAAAAAAUUUUUAACGGUCCUUUUGUUCCUCUAUCUGUGUAAUGGCCACUUAUUUUAAAACCGCAACAAAAAAUGUAUAAGUUAUGAUUUAUAAACUUUGGUACACAAUACCCCACUGUAAAA